AAAAAAAAAAAGAAGUAAAGCUUGAGGGAAGACCAAAGUGGGGGGGACCAGACUUUUUGUUUUGUUUAUUCCAAUCGACCCCGUCGCGAGCAUGAGAGUUUGUUUCUAGACAACCAUCGAUUUCGACAGCAGCAGCAACUUUCGAAAAGACAAAACAAAGAAAAACGUUUCCAAGUCAGCCAGAGAGAGAGGGAUAUCGAAUGGAUAGUCAUCGAAAAUGGACUCUUUUUCUUCGUCUGGGGUCAGAUGACGUGUGCUGAUUACUUGACAAAGAAGAGCCACCUCCCCCAUUGUUAACCGAUAAUAUAUGCAGUUGUAGUAGCUUGUAUCGUUGAUUCUCUAACCUAAAGGUGUCGACAAAAAUUUAUUCCACAUGUAGUUGGUCGAUUCCCACAUUCGGACGCUGGUUCGUUCGACUCCCAAAGAUUAUCUCUCGACCAAAAGAUAAGAGACGUUUUGGAUUGGAUCCAGCAAGGAAAUUUCGCACUCCCCUUUUCCCUCCUCCCCCCUUUCUUUUAAAACAAAACGACACAACUUAUCUCUUUUUGUCGUUGUUGUUUUUUGUGUCGAUAAUUUUUCCUCUUUGGUCAACGAAAAUUUGGAUCAACACGCCGCAAGUGUGUGGCUUGAGAAUCCGGCAAAAGUGUAAAAUCCGGCCGUGAUGUGCGGUUCUUCUGCGGGGCAGAGUUGUUGUGCGAACGCCGUCGAAGGCGACGUCGACGACACGCCGGAUGUUCAGGACUCGCGGCCUCGCGGGCUAACCACCCACAGCCGCUGGGCCGCCCCUGAAUUGCCCUUCCGUCCUGGCGCUAUCAGCUCAUUCGCCUUUAUCGUCUCUUUCUAUUCGACUUCUCCAUCCUAAGCUUCUAGCAGCACUACUUUGAAGCCCCUCCUCCCGUUUUGCGUCGUCUUUUGGGCCGGAACGGACGGAAGAAGAAGAGGGGAACAAAAGAAAACUGGAGAAAUAUGUGCCGUAAAAACAGUUGGACAAAGUGAAGUGAAUUUUUGUACAAAAAAUCUUAUUUUUUUCGGUCUGGGAACGUGUUCAGCAUCCAUUCCACGUCACACCAUGCCUAGACGUGUUUCAUCCGCAUCCAGCAGCUUGCACGCCAUGGGUUCAUCCGCCGUGCCUGGUGGUGGAUCGACGCACAGCGGUGGAGGGGGAAGUAGCACCGCCACCAACAGCAGCAGUAGCAGCUUGCGAGGGGGUCCGCGACCGGCCAAAUCGGCCAAUUGCAUCGCGCCCGCCUCGCCAAGCCCAGAUUCAUCCAGUGAUAACGCUUCCGACAAUUCGGAUCUCUUUCAAUGGACGACAACGGGAGUCGAGAGGCACUUGGCCCGAAGUGACAGCAGCAAUUCGGCCAUGUCGAUGACGGCCAAUUCACGUCUCUCUGGUCUGUCACAGAGCGGCGGAGGCAACAGCCAAACUGGCGGCACUUCGUCAACGGCUUCGAUGACGGCCUCGAGGAAGAGGAAACUUUUGGAGCAAUUUUUGCUGCCGGAGAAUGCGGCCAAUUCGAGUGGCAACAACACUAUAUCGCUGUCAGAUAUGCGCAACAUGGGACUGGUCGGACAGGCUCGUCCGUCGGCUUCCAUCCAGCCAACGAAUCACGCUGGUGUUCCCCCGGCGGUCGCUAGCGUUUCGGCUGUUGCCACGACUUCCUCCCGUACUUUAACCACCAGCAGUUCGACAGCCGUGGGCGGAAUCAGCUUUUCUGCCGUUUCGAAUUACGUUCCCAGUUUCUCCUUCUACCAGUCGCGCUCCUUCGGGCCGCCUUCCUGCUCAGGUGGUGGUAGCACCGAGAGCCUGUGCAGCAGCACAGCCGACUCGGCAUGCGGACAUCCGCCAGACCUUCCGGAUGACGGCAACUUGGCCACUCCAGCACCUCCAGUCGACGUGCACGCCUCGGACGUGAUGGAAAUUCGGAACCGCUCCAGCGCUUCUUGUCGCGAUACGCCGCCACUGCACAUCUCAGGCGACCGCCAUUACCAUUCGACUUCAAUUAACAACAGAGUGGCCGGCUGGAGACUGGAAGAUAUAGACGACAACCUAGCGGCGGAUUUCGACGGCAGCUUGUCUGGCCUGGGGGUUGAUCUCAGCGUCGCAUCGUACAACAUGAGUGAGGCCUUGCUGGCACUUCCAACGUUGACCGGAUUCAAACAAGAGGCACCUUCACCUCCUAAUGGAGAGCAUGGAAGGGUUGGCACAAAUCCAUCGCCUCCGCAAUCGACUGAAAGGGCUUCCAGUGAAGGUAGGACGGUGACGCAUCUGACAGGUCACGGAGGCGAUCAGAGCAGCUAUUCGCACCCGUUCCAGCACAUGUUGCACCAACAUUCAGGUGGCUGGAGCGGACAGGACAACGGAACUGGAGGAAGUGGCACCGUUGGAGGAGGAGCCGGGCCCAUCACGGGUGGUGUUGGCACGGGCAGUGCCUCUAGCCUAACGUCCUCUUCGUCCAACGAAGGCAUGUCGUCUUCCGGAGGCAUCCAUCAGCAAGGCGGAAGCGGCUCCGCUGUCGUUGGAGCCAGCAACUACCACGGCGAGAAAUACAAAUACGAUCGACUUAACGAGACGGACGCCAAUGCCGACAACAGGUUGGAUCCCAACCAACAGUUCCAGUACGUGUUGGCUGCAGCCACGUCGAUUGCCACUAAAGUCAACGAAGAGUCUUUGACUUAUUUGAACCAGGGGCAACCCUAUGAAAUAAAAAUGAAGAAAUUGGGUGAUUUGUCGAACUUUAGAGGGAAAUUGCUCAGAAGCGUGGUGAGAUUGUGUUUCCACGAGCGAAGGCUGCAGUACAUGGAACGCGAGCAGAUCGCCGCGUGGAGGAUGUCGAGGCCUGGCGACCGUAUCGUCGAGAUUGACGUGCCCCUAUCCUACGGCAUUUACGAAGUCGUCCAGGACAAUAGCAACUUGAACGUGGUUGAAUUUGCCUGGGAUCCCACCAAGGAAGUGGGCGUCUACAUCAAAGUCAAUUGCAUCAGCACCGAAUUCACGCCGAAGAAACACGGCGGCGAAAAAGGUGUUCCUUUCCGCAUUCAGGUCGAAACCUACUCCCACGGUGACGGUGAUGGCACCCCUAAACGUCUCCACGUUGCCGGCUGCCAGAUCAAAGUGUUCAAGUUAAAAGGAGCAGAUCGAAAACAUAAGCAAGAUCGAGAAAAGAUCUACAAGCGGCCAAUGGUUGAACAGGAGAAAUAUCAACCAUCAUGUGAAUGCACCAUAUUGGCCGAGAUACCACUCGAAUUGGUCUAUACGUCAGCGAUUGUGCCAGUAGGCACAGCGACGAGCAAUGGCAGCACCAGCGUCAACCAGGCCCCUCAACAAACUGUGGUUGCGACGACCGUGGUCACUCCACCGGCCGUUUUGGCCACCCGGACGUACAGUCCAACAGAAUUACACAAAUCGCAAAGUUUCACCAGUGAUGGAUGUCCUAGUGAGAGCCCUCUAGGCCACGAAACGGAUAACGUUGAAAGUCCUACAUCUUUGAUCGGCAGUGGUAAUAGUGCCGUUUACCAGUAUUACCUCCAGCCCUUAAGCGCCGAAGCGAGCGCUCAACAGACGGCCCAAUGGCUGCAGACCAACCGCUUCUCCAGCCAAGCCCGCACAUUUUCUCGCUUUGCCGGAGCCGACAUUCUAAGACUGACGCGCGAUGACCUUAUCCAGAUUUGUGGAGUGGCCGAUGGCAUACGACUUUACAACGCCCUACACGCCAAACCUUUAGCGCCGAGACUGACACUUUACUUGACGCAGGAUCAAAGCCAAGUGUUUCACGCCAUUUUCCUAGAGAACUUAUCCUGCGUCGAGAUAGCCAACAAGUUAGCCGGACUAGUGCAAUUGUCAUCCCAACACAUUUUGGACGUCUACAUUGAAGGACCUUGCGGAAUCCAUGUACAUGUCACUGACGAAGUCGUGCAAAACAUGAAGGAUGAAUCCAUGUUUACUGUCGAAUUACUACCUGAUCAAACUAGCGAACGUUAUCGACUGCUGCUGAAAUCGACUUCACCUCACUAGGCAUUGGAAUUAUUACAAGAAAUUGUGUAGCCAAUUUAGCUACGCAAGGGAAGUUGACAAAAACACCAAACACCACAAACCGCAAUUGUUAUUUUUUUCUUGUUUGUUCAUUUCAUUUCUUCCCCCUGGCGUCAUAUAAUUCUCCUACUAUUGUUUAAUUUACUUGAUUAGCUAGAGCAAAUCAUGGUUGACAAGUUGUUGGUUUUUCCUUAUUUCAGUGUCUCAGAAGUCUCCACGAAAAUCAUUUGCGAGGAGAAUUUUUCGUUCAUUUCCUACGCAUUGUAUAGGGGUUAACAUCCCCUAAAUCCCCCAAGUAAGUGCCUUUAUUCAAUGUCGUACUUGCCUGACUUUUGUCUUUAUCUUGUGUUUAUUCAUUUGAUCCCAUCCCUUCCAUGAUCCAUUUCUUUAACGGUUACGUGUAUGUCUACAUGCCCACACACACACACACAAGCAAACCAACACAUUUUUACACAAACGCAUGUGUCAUUCCCGUUGUUCAGUAGCAUUAAAAAAAAAAACAUAAGAAAGAUAAAACAACAUAUAACACAGUUCUCAUAACUAUUGUUCUCGCCAGCACUGUUGAUUUCCCUCUUCCUUUUUUUCUUAAUCACCUUGUUUUCUGUCUCACGGGGAAAGGGUUUAAUCCUGACCAUGAUUGAUUGAUAUAGUCGGAGCGGUUAAUGAUUUUUUCGUUGACUUGUAAUACUUGUCUUACACUUCUCCCCUUUAUCUUUUUUACGAAAAAAAAUCUACUUUUUCUAUGGGGUGGGUUUACCAAACAAAUCUUUGCAAAGUAAAAUAAUAAUACAUGGCCAAGAUCUCGUGUUA